GUUGAUACUGGUAAAUACCUAGCAUACUUGUAAUUUUUUAGGGCAGCGGAUCAAGUCGCAACUCACAAGUCGCAACUCAAGAUUCAAGAAGUUAAGCGGAAAGUAAAGAUCCAGCUAAAAACCCUAAAACCCUUCCUCAAAAAAUAUCCCUCCAUUUCUCAAAUUAAACCCCUCAACUUCUAUCAGCAAUGGCGGAAUCUCAUUCAACGGCAGAAACGUCUUCAACAAUGGCGGAACCUCCUUCGACAACUACAGAAACACCCUCAGCAAUGGAGGAACUUCCUUCAACAACAGAACCUACCUCAGAUGCUCCUAUUCCAGUACAACAAAACUUAGGAAAGAGAAAACAAUCAGAAUUUGAACAACCACCACAAAGCUCACACGAAAACACUCAAAAAAUUGAGCAACAUACUCAGAAAAAUCCAGACCAACAAAGUUCAAAACGAAGAAACUCAACUCGGACAUGCGUACACGAAGUAGCAGUACCGAAAGAUUUUGUUUCAAGCAAAGAUUCAUCCAUUUAUGGAACUUUAGCAAACCCUAACUACACCGGUCCAAUGGCGAAAACCUACGUUUUCACUCUCGAUCCCUUUCAACAAGUCUCAAUAUCCUGUUUAGAGCGAAAAGAAUCAGUCCUAGUCUCUGCGCACACUUCUGCUGGAAAAACUGCUGUAGCUGAGUACGCAAUUGCUAUGGCAUUCCGAGAAAAGCAGCGUGUAAUAUACACAUCACCGUUGAAAGCAUUGAGCAAUCAAAAGUACAGAGAAUUGAAUCAGGAAUUCAGUGAUGUAGGUCUUAUGACAGGUGAUGUUACUAUCGCUCCUAAUGCUAGUUGUUUAGUGAUGACCACAGAGAUUCUUCGUGGAAUGUUAUACAGGGGAUCAGAGGUUUUGAAAGAAGUUGCUUGGGUUAUUUUUGAUGAGAUUCAUUAUAUGAAGGAUAGAGAAAGAGGUGUUGUUUGGGAAGAGAGUAUUGUUUUCUUGCCUGCUCAAAUUAAAAUGGUGUUUUUGUCUGCCACUAUGUCGAAUGCUACUGAGUUUGCUGAGUGGAUUUGUAAUAUUCAUAAGCAACCUUGCCAUGUUGUUUAUACGGAUUUUCGGCCUACACCCUUGCAGCAUUAUGUGUUUCCAGUUGGUGGUUCAGGGUUGUACUUGGUGGUGGAUGAGAAUGAGCAGUUUAGAGAGGAUAAUUUUAUGAAGCUUCAAGAUACGUUUGUGAAGCCUGGAAGCGGGAUGAAGGCGGCUGCUGCUAAGGCUAGUGGAAGGAUUGCAAAAGCUGGCUCUGGACCUAAAGGGGGUUCUGAUAUUUUUAAGAUUGUCAAGAUGAUCAUGGAACGCAAAUUUCAGCCUGUUAUUGUAUUUAGUUUCAGUAGAAGGGAGUGUGAACAACAUGCAAUGUCAAUGUCAAAGCUUGACUUUAAUUCACAAGAAGAGAAAGAUAUUGUAGAGCAGGUUUUUAAAAAUGCGAUUCUUUGCUUGAAUGAGGAAGACAGGAGCCUUCCUGCUAUUGAGUUGAUGUUACCUCUUCUUCAACGGGGCAUUGCUGUACAUCAUUCUGGGCUUCUCCCAAUUAUUAAAGAAUUAGUGGAGCUUCUUUUUCAAGAAGGGCUUGUGAAAGCUUUAUUUGCCACCGAAACUUUUGCAAUGGGUUUAAAUAUGCCUGCAAAAACAGUUGUUUUUACUGCAGUUAAGAAAUUUGAUGGUGAUAGCCAUCGUUAUAUUGGAUCCGGCGAGUAUAUUCAGAUGAGUGGAAGAGCAGGUCGUCGUGGGAAGGAUGAUCGAGGCAUUUGCAUUAUAAUGAUUGAUGAGCAGAUGGAAAUGAAUGUUCUGAGAGAUAUGGUGUUGGGUAAGCCAGCUCCUCUUGUCAGCACUUUUAGAUUGUGCUACUACUCGAUUUUGAAUUUGAUGUGUCGAGCCGAAGGCCAAUUUACUGCUGAACAUGUUAUUAGAAAUUCUUUUCAUCAGUUUCAGUACGAGAAGACUUUGCCUGAAAUUGAAAAAAAGAUUGAGAAGCUUGAGCAGGAAGCUGCCGCGCUUGAUGCUUCUGUAGAGUCUGAAGUUGCUGAGUACCAUAAGCUAAGGCUUGAUUUAGCUCUACUUGAGAAGAAGAUGAUGUCAGAGAUAACAAGGCCAGAGAGGGUCCUUUAUUAUCUUCUUCCUGGGAGGCUGGUUAAGGUUCGUGUUGGAGGAACUGAUUGGGGUUGGGGAGUUGUGGUCAAUGUGGUGAAAAAGGCCACUGCCACUGCAAGUGCAGGAACUAUGCCAUCGGGUGGGAGCUAUAUAGUUGAUACUCUGCUUCAUUGCUCCCCUGGUAAAACUGAGAAUGGUUCUAGGCCUAAACCAUGCCCCCCUCGUCCUGGGGAAAAGGGUGAAAUGCAUGUGGUCCCUGUACAAUUGCCCUUAAUAUCUUCUCUCAGUAAGCUCCGGAUAUCUAUCCCCCCUGAUCUACGCCCUAUUGAUGCCAGACAAAGCAUACUUUUAGCUGUACAGGAGUUGGAAAGACGGUUUCCUCAAGGUCUUCCAAAGCUUAAUCCCGUGAAGGAUAUGGGUAUUGAAGAGAAGGAAAUUAUUGAGUUGGUCAGUCAAAUUGAAGAGCUUGAGAAGAAAUUGUUUUCGCAUCCUAUGCACAAGUCUCAAGAUGCACAUCAGGUCAAGUGUUUCGAACGCAAAGCUCAAGUGAAUUAUGAAAUUCAACAGUUGAAAACUAAGAUGCGUGAGUCUCAGCUUCAAAAGUUUCGGGAUGAGCUUAAAAAUCGGUCACGUGUCUUGAAGAAGCUAGGCCAUAUUGAUGCUGAUGGUGUAGUCCAGUUGAAAGGACGAGCUGCAUCGUUGAUAGACACUGGUGAUGAACUUCUUGUGACAGAGCUGAUGUUCAAUGGGACAUUUAAUGACGUGGAUCACCAUCAACUUGCUGCUCUUGCAAGCUGUUUUAUCCCAGUAGAUAAAUCCAACGAGCAGAUUCAUCUACGAGCAGAACUUGCAAAACCAUUACAGCAACUCCAAGACAGUGCAAGAAAAAUCGCUCAGAUACAACAUGAUUGUGGACUGGAUGUAAAUGUGGAAGAAUAUGUUGAAUCUACUGCAAAACCAUACUUGAUGGAUGUGAUAUACUGUUGGUCUAAGGGAGCUAAUUUUUCUGAGGUUAUACAAAUGACUGAUAUAUUUGAGGGAAGUAUCAUAAGAUUGGCGAGAAGGCUGGAUGAGUUCUUGAACCAGUUGAAAGCUGCAGCAAGUGCAGUGGGAGAGGCUGAUCUGGAGAACAAGUUUGGUGAUGCUAGUGCCAGCCUCCGUCGAGGUAUUAUGUUUGCUAACUCUCUUUACUUGUAGUAGUUGCAAUGCUUUUUUUGACAAUAUUUUUCCCAACCUUCAAAUUGUAGUCAGCUGUAUAAUUGAAAGAAUUUGUUUUGUAUUUUGUUAAAUUUAGAAACAAGUAGAAUUUUAUGAAUGAAAAUAGAAUUGUAAACACAAAUUUAUCAAUGAAUAUUCCUCAAUUUUGAUCAA